AUGGCAUGCAGUCGUCAACCUGAGGUGCUCUGGGCUCAACGCUCUGAAAAGGUUUACCUGACUAUCUCAGUCCCAGACGCAGAAGAUGUUGUGAUCAAGACUGAACCUCACGGCAUCUUUAGCUUCUCAGCUGUUGCUCAUGGGGAAUCUUUUAGCUUGAAUUUGGAGCUAUUCGAUUCCAUACUGCCUGAGGGAAGCAAAACAAAGACAAAGGUGGGUUCCCGAAACAUAAUCUGUUCGAUCCAGAAAGAUAAGAAAUGUUGGUGGAAGCGCUUGCUGAAGUCAGAGGCAAAACAUCCAUACAUCAAAGUUGACUGGAACAAAUGGUGUGAUGAGGAUGAAGAGUCUGACACAAAAUCAGGGUCCAUUACGUUUGUCAUUAUGGGUGGGGUGGGACAUACCAUUCUUCCUGAAGGUCACAUGUAUGCCAUUCCCAGUUUCCUCAGAUUGCAAUGUAUUACGUAA